AUGCAGACAGUGCCUGAGACACAAUCAGAGGAGGUACAGACAAUGCCUGAAACACCAUCAGUAAAUAUGCAGACUGUGCUUGAGACACCACCAAAAGACAUACAGACAGAGCCUGAGACACCACCAGAUGAUGUACAGACAGUGCCUGAGACACCACCAGAGGAUGUACAGACACCUCCAUUGACACCAUUAGAGGAUGUAUGGACAUUGCCUGAGACACCAUCAGAGGAGGUACAGACAGUGCCUGAGACACCAUCACAGGAUCUACAGGCAACAGUGCCAGAGACACCAACAGAAAACAUACAGACAGUGCCUGAGACACCAUCAAAAGAUGUACAGACAGUGCCUGAGAUGCGAACAGAAAACAUACGGACAGUAUCUGAGACACCACCAGAGGAUAUACAGAUAAUGCCUAAGACACCAUCAGAGGAUGUACAGACAGUUCCUGAGACACCAUCAGAGGAGAAACAGACAGUGCCUAUGACACCACCAGAGGACAUACAGACAGUGCCUGAGACACCAUCAGAAGAGAUACAGACUAUGCCUGAGACACCAUCACAGGAUCUACAGACAGUGCCUGAGACAACACCAGAGGACAUACAGACAGUGCCAGAGAUGCCAACAGAAAACAUACAGACAACAGUGCCUGAGACACCAUCAGAGGAGGUACAGACACUGUCAGAGACACGAUCAGAAAACGUGCAGACAGUGCCUGUGACACCACCAGAGAACAUACAGACAGUGCCUGAGACAUCAACAGAGGAUGUACAGACAGUGUCUGAGACACCAACAGAGGAUGUACAGACAGUGCCUGAGACAACAUCGGAGGAGGUGCAGACAGUGCCUGAGACACAGACAGUGCCUGAGACACCACCAGAGGACGUACAGACAGUGACUGAGACACCAAUAGAGAAUAUACAAAAAGUGCCUGAGACACCAACAGAGGAUGUACAGACAGUGCCUGACACACCAACAGAGGACAUACAGACAGUGCCUGAGAUACUAACAUAA